CUCUGCAAAGUCAGUAAUAGCGAAGUAAUAACAAGUUUUGUGUGAAAAUUUUAAAUACAUUUUAUAAUGUUCAAUUACGUAAGGCAUAAGAAUAUAGAUAACUCGCGCGAACAACGCAUUCAAAUUUUACAAAAAUUAAUGGAAGGUAUUCCAACGUCCAAAAUUGCGAGUGAUUGUAAAAUUAAUAUAUAUGCUUUAUUAGGAAUUAAACAUACAAUUGAUCAAAUAAAUUUAUUGAAAAAGACAUAUCGUAAAACCGCGUAUACAAUUAUUAGUGAUUACAUGCAUAAUUGGUUAUUAGAACGAAUAGUAUUGAGAGACACAAUUUCCGACGCGUUAUUUAGUGAUCAAGUAUAUGAAUUUGCAAGAAAGUUUGUUGGAUCAUCAACAGAACGUGAAAAAGAAAACAUGUUGCAUGAAUUUAAAAAAUGUUAUAAGAAUCUGAUACAGUCAGACAGUCAAAGCGUGCCUGAGAGUUCGCAAAAUUUCGAAAGGAAUGAGAAGAAUGUUGACAAAUUUAUUCGAGAAUUCAUUCAGCGAUUGAAACAGGAAAAUAUUAGUGAAGAUAAUAUUUAUACUAUGAUCGAAAAGAACUUUAAAUUGAAACAUCAUUUUCGGAACCAUCGUAUUCGGUCUAAGUCAAAACUUUCAGACAAAGACAAGGAAAAAGCUGCUGUAAUAGAAAAACUGAAAAAUGAUAGUCUAACUUUUAUAUUUUGUACAAAUGCUACAGGUAGUCAUAAAUUAUUACCCUUUCAUGCUUAUAACUAUAAACACGAAAUAGCUCUAAAAUAUUUAAAAAACACGUCAUUUCUGAUUAUGUCACAAAGAGAUACAUUAAACAACAUUUUCACGAAUUGGUACAAUAAUCACUUUAUAAAAUCUGUAAGAGAACAUCGACAGAAAACAAAUGUAAGUGGCAAAACAUUUUUACUCAUUAAAAAAUGCGAGUUUUCCUUAGAAGAAAACACGAAAGAUGACAGUUUCAAGAUUCUGUUUUUUCCAAAAAAUACAUUCCAAAUUCUCCAACCACUAGAUGAGAGAUUUACUAACAAACUUAAUAAUAAUUUUCGACACGCAUUUAAAGAUUUUUACAAAUCUUAUAACAUAGAAAAUUUAAUUAAAGUAACUUGCAAACCGUGGACCGACCUCACGUCUGCAUGUAUAAAAGAUUUAUGGAGAAAAUUUUUCAAAUCAGAUUUUCAAAUAAAAGAAAAUAAUAUAACAAAGGAAGAUAUCGCUGAUACAAAGAACAUAUUAGAAACACUUAGUUUUAUAGAAGAAGUUAAAACAGAAAAACGUCAAAAGCAACAGAAAAAUAUUGUAAAUGCUGAAAAUAUUGAACACAUAGAAAAUACUGAAAGCAUUGAAGAAAACAUUAAAGAAGAAAAUAAUUCAGCAGAGAAUUUGCCUAUGAAUAACUUAACUGUAAAUAAUGUAUUGCAAGGUCCAGACGAAAAAUCAGAAGCUUCUAUCUUUUACGUAAAAACUGAAGUAGAAAGACGUCAACAAGAGGAACAACAAGAAGACACUAAAAGUAUUGCAGAAGAAACACAAAGAGAAAAUAUUCCGAUGGAAAUUUUAGAGAUAAAAACCGAAGGAGAAGAACAUGAAGAACAAUUGGAAAAUACUAAGAGCAUUGAAAAUACGCAAAGCAGAAAUAUUCCGGAGAUUUUAAAAAUGAUGUACGAUCUGGAGGAAAAAAACAUCUCUCCACAAAAUUUGACAACGUAUUUCAAUUCUUACGGAAAAGCCGAAGGAGAAAAAUAUCAAGAACAAUUGGAAAAUAUUAAUAGCAUUGAAGAUACGCAAAACAGAAAUAUUCCGGAAAUUUUAAAAAUGAUGCACGAUAUAGAGGACAAAAAUAUCUCUCCACAAAAUUUGGCAAAAUAUUUAAAUUCUUUCUGAGAAGUCGAAGCAAGACCUGCAAAAUAAUUGGAAAAUAUUGGCUGCAUAGAGAAGAAAGACUAAAAACGAUGAAAAAAAUAGAUAUAUAAACUUAUGUGUAGAGGAUA